GUGCCAUGCAUUUCUUCAAAAGCUUUUACCAGCCUUCCCACUUUCCCUUUCUGAGGAACUCCGAGUGUAUCUCGUCUCUGAUUCAGCCGUUCAGCACCAACGACAGUCGUCUGGGACUCAGCCAUGCCAGCAGCAAGAGGACGUACAGAUCUACAGCCUGCAGAACCUCUCAACAUUAAUCAUUAUGCCACUAAGAAGAGUGUAGCAGAGAGCAUGCUGGAUGUGGCGCUGCUGAUGGCAAACGCCUCUCAGCUGAAAGCUGUCCUGGAGCAGGGCCCCGAGUUCAAGUACUACCUCACUGUCAUCGUCCUCAUCGCCACAUCACUCUUCUUCCAAGUGCUCGCGGGGGCUCUCUUUGUCCACAUGGCACGCAAAAACCUGAAUGACGUGGCCAAUCAGAGGAAGCUGGACAUAAUAAACAAUGUGGCCACUGUGCUGGUGUUUCUCACCGUCAUCAUCAACAUCUUCAUCACCGCUUUUGGAGUGCAGAAGACAGGUCUCUAUCCUAAGCAGUAAACUGUCUGUGAGAUCAUACAGGGUCUCAAUAAUGGUUAUGAUGAAAGUCACAUUCUUCAGUCCAGUCCAAUCAUGAAAGACUUCCUUCUGGGUUUGAUAUUUGUUAUAGGACACAUAAUUAUUUUAUGGUCUUUUUUAUUUAUUUCUACGGAGGGCAUUAUAUUAAAGGGUCUAUAAAACAACAUACAUUUAUCAUAGACUGUCAAGUGAUUUAUAUUACCCAAAGGUAAAACUAUAAUCAAAUAACACAAAUUCAUCAUCUAAUAUGUGUUCUAUACUUCAUACUGUCCCAACUAUUAAUAAAUGUUUAUUAUGAAAUACUCAACUGUUUACCAUCCAGUUUAAAUGAUCUCUGGCACCUUUUCUGUAAAAAAUGUCUAUGGAAUGUCCCCAUAAAACAUGGAAAGCCAACAAAUGUGU